CAACUACUUCCAAGUUCCAACCAUUUCCAAUUCCCCAAAUGAAACUGGAGAAGCUCGUCGAUCAGCUCCCCUGCCAUCGCAGCUUCGAGACAGCACAAAAACGUCCGGAAGUGGCAAACCUCACCUGCGCGAUUUGAUUUCCACUUGAGCACAGCAGUCCUGGAAAAUAGCCACGUUCUUGUGUUGCGCGGCAGAGGUACAUGGGUACAGCUUCAUCGCCUCCACGUCGGCCGUUGAUCUAGGGCACUCACCGCCUCCGUUACCGCUAUUGAUGCCGAGGAUGGCGAGGAAUUAAAGGACGAGCAGUUGGAGAUAUGAGAGAUGAGACAAAGGUAAAAUGAGAAAUGAGAUCUUUGUACCACAAUUCAGACCAGAAGAAUAUGCACCGGUGGCUAGAUAGGUGAGAAAAAAAAUUUGUUGGUAGAGAGGAAAGACGUCAAGAUUUCCAAAGUUUGGAUAGACAACAGCUGGGUGAACAUCGAAUCAGUGCCUGACAUUCUAGCCUUCUUGACGUCAGCGAUGAACCCUGCGCAGCUGCUGGAGCUCCCGACCGCACCCCAAUCUCAGUCACAACUUCUCGAUAAUGCUUUAGAUGAGGUACCUUUGACGCCCUUAUAACUCCCAAAAAGCGGUACGUGAGCAUCGAUGUGCUUGAGAACAGUACUAAUAGCAAAAUGGCGGCAGUUGAAGAUAAUGGUUGUGGAAUGACUCCCGAUAAGAUGCGCCAAUGCAUGUCUCUCGGCUAUUCAGCAAAGAGCAAGAUGGCAAACACAAUCGGGCAAUAUGGUAAUGGGGUUUUCCGAUGCAGAGUACAACAAUUACGCAAGAGGGCAUAUAUAUUGAUCUUCGGAUUGAUCGACACAUGCAAGUUAAAGAAUCUGCUGAUGUGGUCGAUCCUCCCCAACCUGAUUCUAAUCUGCAAUUCCUCGUGUGGAGAAUAAUGAGAAAAAAGAAAAUAACCAAGUAACAAAUCAUAGGCCAGAAAGUCACCAUAGAGAUACAGUGGUGGAGGCAGAACCUCAUUUAAGUGAAAACUAUGGCGCAGCAACAGAAGAAGAAUUAGCCCCCACAACAAUCAUAUGCAUCAAUUCCUAGUUCACCAACGAAGAAAGGACGCACCAAAAUGUAUGUUUCUACCGGCAUGGCAAGAGUACUUGCAACAAAGACCGAAAUGGAGAGUGCAGUUUUCCUAGCUAAUAAAAUCAUAAGAUCAGCAUAUUUUUCAUUCAUCUUAGUGAACAUUUGUCGGCUUUAAUGUGGGGAUGAAUACAUCUGUAUAUAGUUGAGUCAACUCUUUCUUGAUAUGAAUGAUACCUUUUAUUGCUUUCUUAUUAAUUGGUUUUU